AUGCAAGGAUUAAUCCAUCAAAUAUAUAAUCUUUUAGACAGCCAUGUUGAUGAGAAUUACAGAGUAUCCGUUGUAAUAGUUGGACCGCCUGGAUCUGGAAAGUCAACGAUUGCAGAAGAAGUUUGUAAGAGGUUAAAUGAUGAGUACCACAAUAAUGUCAAACAAUCAGGUGAUAACCUUACUUUAGUAGAUGGACCAAUGUGUAUCGAUUUAACAGGGUCAAUUCAGCCCAUAACACCUUCCUUACAAAAAGAAAUAGAAAACAAUAAUGGAAUUGUUCCGUCUUUGGUCGAAAGCACAGACUUCAACCCAGUUAAAUGCAUUGAUAGUAACAAUGCGCAAGCUACAGUAACAAUUAUUGGAAGAGGAGGAAUUCCAAAUUCAAUUUAUAUCGAAAAAGCAACAGAAAAGGACACUGAUAAGAUGAUAUUAGCUUCCCAAAUCGAUAUUGCUCAGAUUGUGCCCAUGGAUGGUUUCCAUUUGUCUAGGGCCUGCCUCGAUAAAUUCAAAGAUCCAGAACAGGCUCAUCUUAGAAGAGGUUCACCCGCAACUUUCGAUAGUAACAAUUUUGCUGAACUCUGUAGGAUCUUAGCCAAAACUGCAGCUAUUACACCAAAGAAAGUUCACACUGACAAUUUAUGGGGGAAAAUUGCAACAACGUUCUAUAAAGAUAUGCCUGAUAUUUAUGUUCCAAGUUUUGAUCACGCUAAGAAGGAUCCCACAAUAAAGGGCAUUCUGAUUUCGAAAUUUACUAGAGUUUUGAUAUUCGAAGGGUUGUAUUUAUUAUACGAUAAAGAAAACUGGAAAACUGUAUAUUCCACUUUAACCGACACUGGCGCUGCUAUUUUUCUAAAUAUCAGUGUUCCUGAAACAGUAUUGGAAGAUAGGGUAGCACACAGACACGUUAAGAGUGGAUUGGUAGAUAACUUGGAUGCUGGGAUAUUGAAGUUUCGAAAGAAUGAUUUAUUAAACGCCAAGGAUAUCGCCUGCAAUACUAUUUCUUCUGAUCGAAUUCAAACUAUUGAAAACAUAUAA